UAGGGUGAAACCAAAAUUCCAGCCUGGCUCCGAGAACCACCCGGUCCCCUUGAAGCACUCCCAAAUUCUCGAUUUUCGCCUCGGGCGGGCGUUGAGGCAGGGUUGAGCCUCUGAAUGUGCAGCCGCGGCCCUUACUAGUUAGUUGGGGUGGCUCUUCUGAAAUAACGUUCCUGCUGCUUUUUUUAUUAAUUCUCGUCAUGCGGAAUAGAAACUUUUAAAAAUGAAAGCUCGAGAUUUUUCUGGAUAAUGGCUCAGACAAACGAUGAUGAACUGGCAAUACUUGAAAAAGAGAUAAAGGAAUUUUGGACUAAGUUCAAAACAACUUGUUGCAGUGAAUCAAUUGACCAGACGUUGGGGCUGAGAGACUUAUGGCAGGAAUCCUUAAGCAAGCUUUCAGACAAAUGGUCGAAGAGGUUAAAAGAAGGGGACCAAAUCAUCAAUAAAUUUCACGAGUAUACAGAUGAAUUCUGCCAGAAUAACAAAUCUAUUGAAGAAAAACAGGAGAAAUUAUCAGAAGUACUUGCUAAUAUUAAGGAUGGCAAAAAAGAAGAGACAAACUUGAUGGAUAGCAUUCAGGAGCUUAAAGAAGAACUGAUCAGAAAAAGGGAAACUGAAAGCAAAGCCACAGAAGAAAUGGUAGAAAGACUUCAUAAGGCUGAAAAAUUAUUUAAAGAGCGGCUUGGAUUAGAAAUACGCAAAACUGAUGUUAAUCAUUUGCAAUUUAUAUUCCGUUGUAUUGACCACAAGGAUCUUGAGAAACCAUAUGUGCUUACCCUUUCCAUCAAUGAAGAGGGAGCUUAUGAAGUGAUCUCUUGUUCUCCGCCUUUGGAUGGUAUAGAAGAACUGCAGCAAAAAGUGAGAGAAACCAGCAAUUUUUCUGCAUUUAUUGCUAACAUCCGCAAAGACUUCAUCGCUGUGACUUAUAAAUAAUAUGCUGUUAUAUAUGUAAAUCUGUCUUGGCAUCUUUUCUUUCUAAAUAAAAAAAAGUAGGUUCUCA